AUGAGUAUACACAUUCGGCAUUAUGCAAAUCUUUCGCUUCGUGUGGAGUUUUGGCCCCUUAAGUGUUAUCUAUGUAUUCCUUGUAGUUGUCAAACGUGUUAGCACAGACUCUUCUCAUGGUCUUAAUGAAAACAAGCCUGAACUAUCGCAAGUGGUGCACGAUCUAGGUAAGCCGUCACGUUACCAUGGGAAAUCCUACAAAGAACUUCUUAUCAUAUUUGGGAUGGAUAAAAAUAAAAAGGGUGACCCAACACCGAAGGCGUCUCUCAAACAAGUGCACAAUGGAGCGGAUAUCACAAAAGAUCUUGCAGACAAAGAUUAUGAUAGAGAGGAUGGAAACAAGGUUAGGAGUCUUGGACAAGCUCAGCUGCCCAGAAAGUCACAGGAGGUCGUCAAGGCAAAUUCGAACGAAAUUGACGGUGUUAAUGGCAAAAGACAGUUUCACGAUGGACAUGUUGACUUGGCGACUGGUCGGGAGUAUACUGGUUUUUCUACAGUUAAAACUACAGACAUGUUUGCUGGAAGCAGAAAUGUUUCUCAGAUUACGAAGGGAAUGUCGUGGAAAGAAAUUGAGAGACAGAAGUUUUCUCGCAUGGUCAGAGAGUCGCCGAUGUUGCUUGGAGCAGGAGUUGGAGUAUCAGGGAGUUUGAUAGUCGCACUGAUUGUGACCGCUAUCUACUUGGUUCUCAAACGACGCAGGACUCGAUGUACGAAGCUACAGGAAGUGAGUUUUGGUACACCCAAAGAGGAGAAACCUAUAUACAUCAAACUAUCACAACUACAUCGACCUAAACGUAGCCCCAACUAUGUCGUCACAGUAUUGGAUGAGUCCAACUUCUCUGUCGACAGUGACGUCAGUUCCGAGGAAGAACUGUUUGAUCUGUCAGCUGUCGCGGGUGGGAGUCCAUGCAAGAAAAACAAUUUGAAUACGUUCAACAUGACGUCAACGCCGAAGAAAGACAACCGCUUCACGUGAUGACGAAUGUUCCGGUGGCGCUGAUGCAUAUGAGAUUUUUUCAGAUAACAGGAACAGUUAGCCCAUUGUUAAUAGGAUGAUCACAGUGUAUAAAGUUUUAAAGACAGAACGGAGAUACGGACUGAACCAGUUAGUGCUUAAUGAGAGUAGCAUCAUCGGUUACGGCUUUUCUGGGAAGACAUUUUCCACCCGGGCCCUCUCUGCAACGUCCAUGUUAUACGUGUUUGCCCACUCUAUAUACAGCUACGUUCGUCCACCUGUGAACAAACCACCUGUUGAUGUUCAUGGGUAACGGGGGAGAUAGUGCGCACAUUGAUGGUGGCGGUACACGCAGACCCGUAUCCCUUUACUUUAAAGUCAUGAAAAGAGAUUAAGAGUGAAUUGGUUCAGUUAUUUUAACAAAAGAGAACAUGUUAUCGUGAUGCGAUCAUUUACUCAAAAUGCCCGCUGCCCAGUCUACUUGCUAAACAACCACGAUUAACGGUACCUUCCCAUUAAGACUACUCCCAGUUUGACUACUCAUGAACAUAAACAUAUAAUGGAGCACCCCUACACUUAAUAAUGUACUCUACCUGUAUAGGGGAUUACUCCCAGGUUGUCUUCUCUUUGAAAUAAGGGAGACUCCCAGGACCUACCUAUAAUGAUUAGAAGCCAAGUGAAUCGGGGAUCUUGUGAUCAUUCAUUGUUUGUUUUGAUAUUUGGAGAUAACUCCUCUACUCGGAUUAAAACUUUGUAAACUUAUAGUACAGGUUGUUUGUGUUGAAAAUUGGACAUAAUCACUCCAACUUCCAUUCAAACUAUUAACUGUAGAACGCAAAGAUAUUCUCAAUCAUUUUACCGGUCAUUAUAACGAAGACGUUAUUCACUACCUUUUUACAUGUCGGAACUAUCAAAAUUUAAGAACUGUGUAUUUGUAUAUUCAACGAUACGAAGUAAAAACUACUUUAUACGGUAACGGCGCAUUGAAUAACUCAACAAAUAGUAGCAUUCUCAACUCAUUACACCAGUUCAUUUCUAAAAGUAA